GGUCCCUCUCCUCCUCCUCUCUUCUCCCCCCAACCUCACCUCGUCGUCGCUCGCGAGUAUCGCCGUGGAACACCCGAUGGGCUCCGGCGAGGACAGCGGCGCUGGCGUCGGGGGAGGGGGCGCCGGCGGGGUGGUGCGGGGCGCGGUGCUGAAGGCGCUCGUGGUCGUCGGCGGCGUCCUGCUGCUCCGCCGGCUGCGCCGCUCCACCACCCGCUGGGACCACGCCCGCGCCGUCGUGGACGCGCUCUCCGGGGAGAAGUUCUCGAGGGAGCAGGCGAGGAAGGAUCCUGAUAACUACUUCAACUUGAGGAUGCUUACAUGCCCUGCAACAGAGAUGGUGGAUGGUUCUAGAGUGCUUUACUUUGAGCAAGCAUUUUGGAGAAGUCCAGAAAAACCUUUCCGACAAAGAUUCUACAUGGUAAAGCCAUGCCCAAAGGAUAUGAAAUGUGAUGUUGAGUUGAGUUCAUAUGCGAUCAGAGAUGUUGAAGAGUACAAGAAUUUCUGUGACCGUCCAAAGGAUCAAAGGCCACAGCCAGAAGAAGUCAUUGCAGACAUUGCAGAGCACCUGACCACCAUACACUUAUCACGGUGUGAGCGUGGAAAACGCUGUUUGUACAAAGGAUCAACCCCACCUGGAGGAUUUCCUAAUAAUUGGAGUGGUGCAACGCAUUGUACUUCGGAUAUGUCCAUUCACAAGAACGGGGAGGUCCAUAUCUGGGACAAGGGUUUUGAUGAUGAUGGUAAUCAGGUAGCUUCUGUUUGGGGAACCAAAGCUGGUCCUUAUGAGUUCAAGCCUGCUCCGAAGUUAAAUUAUGACGACAUGUUUUCGCCAUUAAAUUUCUCUGCUCCAUUGACGCUAGAGAAGAAGAUGGAAAGCUCGUAUUCAAUCGAUGACCAGUAGUAUGUACAUACAGUUCGUGUACCUCUUUAUUUAAGAAAAUUAAGCAAGAAAACUACCUUCGUUUAGUACAGCCCUGUGUACUAAAUUUUGUCCAUAUAAGAAAUACAAUAAGAAAAAUUAGAGUUGCACCUAUAUAGGGACUCUUGAUGUUGAGAAUGCAUUAAGGCUCUAUUUAGGAGAGUUUGAGAUUCUAAGAAGCUAGAUUGUGAGAAUUUGAAACAAGUUAGAUUUUCUAGCUUAUGGCUUCUAGUUCAUUUUUCGAAAAAAAUUCUACAACUAUAAUGUUCCUAGAAUCUAGAUGACAAACUAGACUGUUUAGAAAGCUAGAGAUUCUAAGGUCAGUCUCAAUGCAUGUUUCAUGGGGUACUAUGUACGUUAAAUAGGGUGUCACAUCAAUAAAAUUGCUGAU